CCCUUUCCUUCCAUCCCUCCCUGCAUCCCUCCCUCCCUCCCUCCCUCCCUCUUUCUGGUUGCACGCUGCUACACGCUGACGCAGAGGAACAAGACGGUGGUGGUGUGAGCAGACUGGACGCGUGAGGCUGCACUGCACGUUCACCAUGAGGAACUAAACGUCGAUAUCCUGGAACGUGAUUUAGGAGAGGAAAAGAAACGUUGGCAAGAUUGUUUCAGUGCCAGACAAGGACGUGAGGUGUUAAAGACUCCCCGCAAAAGGUUCACUGAAACCGAUACCGGGAAAUGUACUAGGAAAAGAAGAAAUUAAUUAGAGCAAAGCAGUGUUUAGCAAGUGCCGGCCUCAAACUGUGCUUCCUGAAUCAUAACACGAAUGCAUCAGCGACACCAGGGAAGACAGCGCUGCACUGCCGGCAGCUCAGCGUCUCGCCGAUUCGCCGCCUCGCCGCCCCAGGCCAUGGGGGAGGGUUCGGACUGCUGAGUGAGGGGGCGGCCACAUCAUCAGCAGCGAGUGGCAGUUCGCACUGCAACUCGCUUCGCUGCAGUGCUCCCAAGGGGUCCGAAGGAGGCCGGGAUGUGGAGCCAUGGUUGGCGGCCGUGAGCCUCUGCGGUGGUGAGGGCGGCCAUGCAGGGAGAGAAGGUGGGUGGGAGGGUGGCGACAUGGGUAGCAGGGGUGGUUGGAGUGUGGGCGGGCAUCGCAGCCCUCGGAGCCCUGGUGGCCGCCCUGCUGUCUCCGCAGUGGGCGUUAGUGAGAGAGCCCAUGAUGUUGGGAGAAGAGCCGCCCGUCCAGGAGGUGCAGGAAGCCUGGCAGGGGCGGGACGUGUCAGGCGAUGGACGGGACCUACAGCAACAGCAGCAGCGUGGCGAGCACCGUCCCGUCCUGACCAUCGUCACCUUCAGGCUGGGCCUCUGGACUGCCUGCCCGCACAUCAACGCCUCGCGUCUCCACAUCAACAUGGCGUCACCUGAAUGCAGCAGCGUGAGCUACGGAUGGCAGCCAGUCACCCACAAAGACCUUAAACUGCCUGCCCCUGCUCCUCUCAUGCAGACCGUUCUGGUCAGGAUGAGACUUUCGACAUUGUUUCUGGUGGGAGCGUGUGGGCUGCUGGGGGCGGGCUGCCUCCUAGCGGUGGUGGGCCGCUGCUGCUAUCCGCACGUCGCCUUCCUGGCUGCUCUCCUCUACUCCUUAGCAGGCUUGAGUGUGGGCGUGGGCGUGGUAUGGUUUGUGUCUGUGGUGUCUGAGGAGUACGGCGUGGCUUCGGGUCGACGCACAAGCUGGUCCGCCAUGUACGCCUACACGUACGGCUGGUCGUUGAUGGCAGCAGGCGGGGCGGGCGUGUCAGCAAUGCUAGCCGCCCUCUUGACGGGGCACGCCCAUCUUGGGCGACACGCGCCUCUGUUGAGGACGAGAACGAGCAGCACAGAGGAGAGCCUAGCGCGGCCGCUGCUCAGGUGUCGCAGUGAAGGGUGCCUGGGGCAGCGCUCCUUCACGUCAGACACCAUCAGAACCUACCUCACUUGUGAUUCCCGCCGCCACGCACCGCGCCCCGCACACGCGUCCGCCACCCCUUCCCUCCAUCAGUGUUCUUCUAUUGUGGAUCUGACGCGGCCUCAGGACGAUCCUCCGCCGCCACCGCCCGCCCACCCAGCCUCGCGACGUUCCUCGCGUGCCACUGUUCUCAGCGACGACACCCAGCAGCUGCAGCACUCCCAGAAGGAGCACCAGCAGGCGCCGCUCCCACAGCCGCAGCACCGACAGCAGCAAGAAGACCAACAAGAACAGCACCAACAGCAUCAACAACAGCAGCAACAGCAUCAACAACAGCAGCAGCAGCAACAGCAGCAACAGCAGCAACAGCAGCAACAGCAGCACCACCAGCAGCAGCAACAGCAACAGAUGCAAGGCGGGCGUAGUUGGUUGGGGGAGCCGUCCCGUGUCAUCAUUGAGGCACCACGCACACCCCUGCCACCGGUGGUUCCUCCUCCCCCUCUCAGUUCCUCUUCUUCUUCUCCGUCUCCUCUUGAGCCGCCCCUGCCGCCUGUGGUCACUAACGUCACCGCCACCACCACCACCACCACUAGCGGCAGGUCGGGGGGCGCGGGGCGACUCAGUAAGGUGGAGCCCCCGCGCCUACCAGAGUACACCUCCUUCAAGGGGGACUACACCCGCUCCCUGCCGCGCGAGGCCCGCCAGAUGGCAGUGUUCGAGCGUCGUGGUGGCCAGCGCUCCACCACUCUUACCCGACCCCCCACCAAGGUGUCCUCAGAGGUAUGAGGUCAGGACCCUCCCAGGAAGUGCCCCGCCCACCCCAGAGAGGAGGAAGAGACAUGGGUGUGAGGUGAGUCUGCCUCUCCACACCAAGCGCUCCUCAUCCCUGCUACAGAGCUUCCAAUGUAGUUUUGAGUCUUGAAUCAGACCAGACACAGUCUGCCACACACUAGGAAGCUGUCCAAGGUUCCGCGAGACCUUCUUGGGCAAUGGUGGUGGCGGAGGCAGCCCGCGGGGAGGCUGACGCGGCUGAAAACCCUAAAACACCCGGGACACGUCCUAGACAAUGGUUCGGUAGGCCGGCGGGUAGUGCUCUAGUCAUGCGAGUAUCAUGCCGUGGGUGUCCCGUGGGUCCCGUGGUGCUGCUGCCCACAUGUACAGCGUGGCGCUCCGCUGCUGGGAGGGAACGAAGGCUGCCGCCACAUGCAAGGAACUCCACCACUCAGGCCGCUGCUAUUUUCUUAUCUAGUCCAAGCAACCCGAUGAUUUUUAAGUAAUAUGUAAGGUAUUCUUUGUAAGCAACACUGUUCGUACUGUAAAACACAUCUUCGUCAUGCGGAACACAUCCGUGGCCUCCCUUUGGAAGACAGAUGCCUGUGUGGGGUGCGAGGCGCUGCGCCGCUUAGCAGGCAGCCGCCACCACCUGGCUAGUCACCGGUAGCUAAUGUACGUAUCCCCGCGGCACCGUGCACCGUGCACGUGUUGGGAUGACUGGUGGUGUCACUGGUCACUGGUAGCACGUUGUGGUGAGCAAGUUGUGUUUAAGAUGACUAGGAAAACAAUGACGGCACCAUCACUUAUGUAUGUACUUCUAACAACAUUGAUGAUGAUAAUAUUGAUAAUAAUGAUGAUAAUAAUGACAAUAAUGAUAACAAUAAUAAUAGCAACAAUAAUAAUAAUAAUAAACAAUGAUAAUAACAAUA